UACUUUAUUUGCUCCCCCCUUUAUUAAGAGUGCACAGUCUUUACUUCAAGCUAGUCUACAUUCCAGACACUGAGUCCACUAAGAAUCAUAAUGGAAAACAGCCAACCCAGCCAGAGUUUCACUCAGACACCAGCUACCCUGAGAGCUGAGACAGAAGCCCCAAAGGAGGAGAAGAUGGACGACUCAGCUGCUGUACCAGGGCGACCUGUGGCAAAGCAGGUGGAACAGACACAAAAGGAGGAAAAGCUACAGGAGGAACAGACACAAAAGGAGUAUUUGGAGAGUAAGCUUCAGGAGAGAAACCAUAAAGACCUGGAAAAUGUUAAGAUGCUGACACAGGAGGUGAACACCCUGCAGGCAGAGAGCAUGAACAGUGAAUCAAGGGACAGGGGUCAUAGAGUGGAGAUAAAAGAGCUCCAAAAUAUUGUUGAAUCUCUGAAAAAACAGCUACAGGAUGACCAGAAAGAAAAGGAAGAAUUGAAGAGAAGGCUUCAAGAGAGAAACCAUGAACACGUGGAACAAAUUGAGAGGCUGACGCAGAAGGUGGACGCCCUGCAGGCAGAGUGCUCGAGCAGUGAACGAAGGGAAAGUGGUCAUAAAUGGGAGAUGCAAAAGCUCCAAGAUUGUGUUGAAUCCCUGAAAAAACUGCUACAGGAAGAACAGACACAAAAGGAGUAUUUGGAGAGUAAGCUUCAGGAGAGAAACCAGAAAGACCUGGAAAAUGUUAAGAUGCUGACACAGGAGGUGAACACCCUGCAGGCAGAGAGCAUGAACAGUGAAUCAAGGGACAGGGGUCAUAGAGUGGAGAUAAAAGAGCUCCAAAAUAUUGUUGAAUCUCUGAAAAAACAGCUACAGGAUGACCAGAAAGAAAAGGAGGAAUUGAAGAGUAAGCUUCAAAAGACACACCAUGAAAACCUGGAAAAUGUUAAGAGGCUGGAGCAGGAGUUGAAGGUCCUGGAGGAAGAGUCCUCGAUCAGAGAAUUAAGGGAAGAGGGACAUAACAUGGAGAUGCAAGAGCUCCAAGAUCGUGUUCAAUCCCUGGAAAAACAGCUACAGGCUGAACAGCUGAGAGCUGACGAAAUCCAAAAAGAACAGAGGGAAUUGAAGAGUACGCUUCAAGAGAAAGACAGACAAGACCUGGAACAAGUUAAGAGACUGGAGCAAAGCUGAGGGUCCUGUACGAAGAGCGCUCCAACAGAGAAUCAAGGGAAAUGCGGCAUAACACGGAGAAGCAAGAGCUCAGAGGUAUUGUAGCAUCUCAAAACAACAUGCUACAGUCUGAGGUGUUAAGGGGUAAGAACUUGCAGGCACAACUGGAUGAGGAAAGACAUCUGCACCAUGAAGUGUUCUACAAAGCUUGUAAUCAGAUUGAGAGUCUGAACAGAAAAGUAGCUCAUCUGCAGCAGGAGCUCAAGGAGCAGCAGGAAGAGACCCGAAGUAAAGAAACGGACUUUAAGAACCAGCUGCAAGAAAAGACCAGAAGCUGCAUGGAGAUGGCCUCCAAACUAAAGGAUCAGGAGGAGUACAUGGAGCAAGUGUCGGCGUUUCUAUGUAAGAAAAAGGAAGAGCCCCCCCGUACAGACAACAUCCAAGUCAACACUCCAAACAUGGUGCAGGAGACAUCUGAGCCCAUCCAGACAUCACCUGAGGGGGCCGAGGGAACACCAUAGAUGGAGAAGGCCUCCUGGUGGACGAGGUUAAAAAAGGGUGUGACUCGUCACAGGCGCCACAAAUAAAAACAUCAGAGUCAGUAAGGGUUUUCUCCGGGAACCUCCGGUUUCAUCCCAUCAUAGACAUUUUGAAAGAACUUUAUUCAGCAUAGAUUAUUAAAAAUGUCAAUAAAAAAAAUAAAAAUAAAACUAUAA